CACGGAGCCAUAUUGGAUUUGGGCCUAGCCGCUUUUUGACUGCAUGGUUCAAAGUGACUCUGGGCUGUUUGGCCACAGAGACUCACCCCGAAGAUGACUGCCAUAAAUCUUAAGAUUGUUGGAUAAAGCCUCUCCCAUGAAUUUACGGCACAGGAGUAUAACAUUCAAGGGAUGCCUCAGCUCCCUUCAGCAGAUACCUUCCCUCAGCAGAUACCAGUUAUCUCCUCAGUCAACACCCAGUGUCUCCACCACCUGACCUCAUCGCCUGACUUCUUUGCCUCCAGCUAUCACUGCCUAUACCCUCAUCUCCCCCUCCUUCAUAUUUCACAAAGGUCACUCCCCCUACCUGAAAGCCUUAAAAGCUGCAAUGUUCAUCCCAAUAAACGAGACCUUGACAACAGAACUUUUGCUUGGUCUCCUUCUUCUCUUCACCCCCAUUUUGGCCCACAGGUAGAAAGCCUCUUCGGGACCCUGAAUAACUGGGUCCCCGCUGGCGGGGACAAGUGGCGCCCGAACACAGGGACCCCGAAGCAAGGCCGACUACAGGACGAUGGAGAUAAGAGAGCUGCAGCGGGAAUCAAGGACUCUUCAGGCCGCAUCGCUCGUGCGUCGCUGGAGAAGGAGGAUGCUACAGGAGUGUGCCAGCUGCCCGAGUGGCUGGUGAGACUUGCUGAUCCUGGGAGCAUGAAGAUUCAGCUCUCCUGGUUCGGGUCCCUGGAGUCAUUCCUGUGUCCUUGGAGGAAUAUGGAGGAUUCCCACUCAUCUUUUGUCAUCACAGAAAUUCUGGCGUUGCUGCAGUCAUUGUGUCCCGUCCCACCACGGCCUGCGCUCCGACCCUCUGUGCACUGUUGCUUGGUGGAAGCUGCUGUGGACUGGGGAACUCUGCCCUGGUUUUGCAGAUCUCAGACAUGGUCCCAUUGCCUGCUGGUUGUUCCAGAGAAGAAUGACCGAUCCUGAACUGUCCUGGGAAAGACCUUGGCAUUUUCGCUGCUAUUGUAGCAGCCAUUACUGCUGCAGCCAUUGUGUCUGCAGUGUCUGGAGUUACCCUCCCCCAAUCUAUUGUUAAGCAAGCACAGUGGGUGAACUUUCUGGAGUAGUUGCUAACAAUUGGGAAUUCUAAAUUUUAUUACAGGAGAGGCUUGACUAGGUCCUUGGUGGUAUGGCCAUAGCAGCUGAGGAGAACCAGAUGAGGUGCCCACUACUUAUUGGGAGAGGCUCAAUUUCCACAAUCUCUUAUAUUAAUGCCAUCUGGCUCCUGCUCCUUCGCCCCUGGGCUCAAGUAAGAGGAAUGAGAAGAUGAUCCAAUGUAGCUAUCCUCAGGGACGGGCAACUUCCUCUGACCCUUGACCAAUCUAAGACAGGAACCUUGGGGGCGACAAGGUGAUCCUAUGACAGAUAAGGCUGGGGUUUGAGAGGUCGAUCCUAAGACAGAGGUGGCUACACCCCGUUUAAACGUGCGGGCCGGUCAAAUGCUCCUCUGCCCAGUUUCUCCCCCAAUAACACACAUGUAUAGCCCAGAACGGUGUGUUACAGCAUAAGUUCAUUCCUAGCCAUUGGGGUGCAGUCCUAACUGCAAGAGUGGCUUGCCAUGGCCGAGCUGGGCACUCUGUGAGGCAUGUCUAAUCUCUCUCAGACCACUACUUCCACCUAAUGGUUUUUUUUUUUUUUUAAAGAAAAAUGGGGGAGAUGCACGGAGCCAUAUUGGAUUUGGGCCUAGCCGCUUUUUGACUGCAUGGUUCAAAGUGACUCUGGGCUGUUUGGCCACAGAGACUCACCCCGAAGAUGACUGCCAUAAAUCUUAAGAUUGUUGGAUAAAGCCUCUCCCAUGAAUUUACGGCACAGGAGUAUAACAUUCAAGGGAUGCCUCAGCUCCCUUCAGCAGAUACCUUCCCUCAGCAGAUACCAGUUAUCUCCUCAGUCAACACCCAGUGUCUCCACCACCUGACCUCAUCGCCUGACUUCUUUGCCUCCAGCUAUCACUGCCUAUACCCUCAUCUCCCCCUCCUUCAUAUUUCACAAAGGUCACUCCCCCUACCUGAAAGCCUUAAAAGCUGCAAUGUUCAUCCCAAUAAACGAGACCUUGACAACAGAA